AGCAACACAACAACAAAUAUAGUCAAAAUUCGAAAGAGGAAUAGAAUACAAGUUAUAUAUAGCACCGAUUUGAUCUGAAUAAACGAUGGAGAAGUUAAGCAAGGCGAAGAAGGUGGCGCGCGAGGAGAAGCAGCGUGACCAGAAGUUGGAGGAGUUGGUCAUGAAAUCCCUGGAGGAGUGCCCCUCCACCGAGGAGAAGGUGAAGCUGCUGCUGCAGCGCCAUGUGGACAGCGAGAAGAAUGUUAGCCGGCUGACGUCGGAGCUUCGCGUCCUGCAGCGCCACAUGGAGUCCCAGCAGCGGGAGAAGGAGCAGGUGCAGCGGGAUCUCAACAAGAGUGUCCUCAUGCGUGACAAACUCCAGGAGGUUUGCCGCGAGCAGCAGCGCAUCAUCAAGUCGGUGAAGAACGAGAGCCUCCUCCAAAUCAAAGUCGAGGAGGAGCGGCGCAAGGAGAGCCAAACCAAGUUCCAGAACUCCCUCAACGACGUCCAGAAAUCCCUGGCCAAGAACAACGAGGAGAACAUCAAGCUGCGCGAUUACAACAUCGAGAUGACCAAGAAGUUAAAACUGCUGGCCGAGCAGUACCAAACGCGGGAGCAGCACCUGGAGAAACUCAAUGAGCAAGUGCAGCUGGAGGCCCAGUUGCAUCAGGCCAAGUUGCAGAAAUGCCAAGUGGAGGCCGCCAUGGAGAAGGAGAUACUCGGCAAGGAAAACCAAAUUGGCCUGGAGAAACUGCUGCAGGCGCAGCGCGCCAUCAAGGAUCUCACCGAAAGGGAACACCAACUGAAGGAGCAGCUGAAUAUCUACACGGCCAAGUACGAUGACUUCCAGCAGUCGCUGCAAAAGUCCAACGAGGUAUUCGGCAGCUACAAGGUGGAGCUGGAGAAGAUGUCCAAGCACACGAAGAAGAUCGAGAAGGAGGCACUGGGCUGGCGCCAGAAGUACGAGAAGGCCAACGCCAUGGUGAUCGACCUGGCCACCGAGAAGAACCUGCAGACGCAGCACGCGGAGCGCCUGCAAAAGCAAAUACAGCAGCUGCAGAAGCUGCUGCGUGCCCUCCAGCUGGAGCGCACCACGUUGCACAAGUGCCUGCGGGACAACGAGAUUGAAAUUCCCGCCUUGCCGCAGUUGCCGCCCGAACCGGAGCCAGUGAAUGUAAAGCCCGUGAGUGCGGACAACGUUAAAAUGGAGAUGAUGACUCGCAAUUGUGCGGAACUGAAGCAAACGCUGGCCAAUCUGCAGAGUCAAAUGAAGAUGCUAACGGCCAGCGAAUCGAAGACGGCCAUCGAGGAGAAGAACAAGGCCGCCGAGGAGCAGAGGCAGGCGAACAAUGCCAAGAAGAAUAUACGCAAGAAGGAGAAGAAGUCCAAGGCGAAGGCAGCCGCAGCAGCGGCGGCAGCUGCAGCCGCAUCCACAUCGAAUGAGGAGCUCAACGGCGUUCAGGAGUUGGCCGACACGGAGUCCAAUGCCGAGCUGCAGGCAGAGGGGGAUGCCUCGUCAAACGGCGCCAAGGACGCCCAGGAGCAGGCCGUCCAGACUACUGCUACUGCCGUCACAGACUCCCAGGAGAUCGUGGGCGAUGGCGAUGCCUCCAAGCCACCCGUCGAUCUGUCCGAAGUGCCUGCCCUCAUCGAUGCCAAUGCAGACUAGAUUGUCGACUGACCUCCUGUUCUCCCUUCCAAAACCAAGGACGGCCAUGUAGCCCUCCCUUCAAAGCAUUUCGUGUCAUCAUGUCUCAACUGAAAAACGUCAUCAAUUACAAAUUUUGUACUAGUUAUUUAUUGUACUUUGUAUAUUGUAUUUAUUUAAAGGAGUCAACGGUGAUCGUGCAUUGCUGGUCAACAACAAAUUGAGUAAAACGUGUUUCCUGCAAACAAA